GGCGGUGCCGGGCCGACCUGAUGUUCCCGGCGGCCCGUGCGUCGGCGGUGGUUGGGUGGUAAGAUGGCGACUGUGAGUCUGCGGCUCGGCGACUUGGUGUGGGGGAAGCUCGGCCGGUAUCCUCCUUGGCCUGGGAAGAUUGUUAAUCCACCCAAAGACUUGAAGAAACCACGUGGAAAGAAAUGCUUCUUUGUGAAGUUUUUUGGAACAGAAGAUCAUGCUUGGAUCAAAGUGGAGCAGCUCAAGCCAUAUCAUGCUCACAAGGAGGAGAUGAUCAAGAUUAACAAGGGCAAGCGGUUCCAACAGGCUGUGGAUGCCGUGGAAGAGUUCCUCCGGAGAGCCAAGGGGAAAGACCAGACCUCAUCCCACAGUUCUGCUGAUGACAAGAAUCGGCGUAAUUCCAGUGAGGAAAGAAGUAGGCCAAACUCAGGUGAUGAGAAGCGCAAACUUAGCCUGUCUGAAGGGAAGGUGAAGAAGAACAUGGGAGAAGGAAAGAAGAGGGUGUCUUCAGGCUCUGCAGAGAGAGGCUCCAAGUCCCCCCUGAAAAGAGCCCAAGAGCAGAGUCCCCGGAAGCGGGGUCGGCCCCCAAAGGAUGAGAAGGAUCUCACCAUCCCCGAGUCUAGUACCGUGAAGGGGAUGAUGGCUGGACCGAUGGCCGCGUUUAAAUGGCAGCCGACCGUGAGCGAGCCCGUUAAAGACGCAGAUCCUCAUUUCCAUCACUUCCUGCUGAGCCAGACAGAGAAGCCAGCUGUCUGUUACCAGGCAAUCACAAAGAAGUUGAAAGUAUGUGAAGAGGAAACUGGAUCCACCUCUAUCCAGGCAGCAGACAGCACAGCUGUGAAUGGCAGCAUCACGCCCACAGACAAAAAGAUAGGAUUUUUGGGCCUGGGACUCAUGGGAAGUGGCAUCGUCUCCAACUUGCUAAAAAUGGGUCACACAGUGACUGUCUGGAACCGGACUGCCGAAAAAUGUGAUCUGUUCAUCCAGGAGGGGGCCCGCCUGGGAAGAACCCCCGCGGAAGUUGUUUCAACCUGUGACAUCACUUUCGCCUGUGUGUCAGAUCCUAAGGCAGCCAAGGACCUGGUGCUGGGCCCCAGCGGUGUGCUGCAAGGGAUCCGCCCGGGGAAGUGCUACGUGGACAUGUCAACAGUGGAUGCUGACACAGUCACCGAGCUGGCCCAGGUGAUUGUGUCCAGGGGGGGCCGCUUUCUGGAGGCCCCAGUCUCAGGGAACCAGCAGCUGUCUAAUGAUGGGAUGUUGGUGAUCUUAGCAGCCGGAGACAGGGGCUUGUACGAGGACUGCAGCAGCUGCUUCCAGGCGAUGGGGAAGACCUCCUUCUUCCUAGGUGAAGUUGGCAACGCCGCCAAGAUGAUGCUGAUUGUGAACAUGGUCCAGGGGAGCUUCAUGGCCACCAUUGCUGAGGGGCUGACCCUGGCCCAGGUGACAGGCCAGUCACAACAGACGCUCCUAGACAUCCUUAAUCAGGGACAGCUGGCCAGCAUUUUCCUGGACCAGAAAUGCCAAAAUAUCCUACAAGGAAACUUUAAGCCUGAUUUCUACCUGAAAUAUAUUCAAAAGGAUCUCCGCUUAGCCAUUGCACUGGGUGAUGCCGUCAACCAUCCAACUCCUAUGGCAGCUGCAGCCAAUGAGGUAUACAAAAGAGCCAAGGCACUGGACCAGUCUGACAACGAUAUGUCUGCCGUGUACCGAGCCUACAUCCACUAAACCACCAAUGGCCCACCCCGCCCCUCUACUCUUCCCUCGGACCCCUCUUCCUCAUGUGGGGUCGAGGUCCUGGGACUUAAGUCUGGACCAGUCCAUCUGUCUCCAUUUCCUUUUAUACAGACUUUAAAACUUGCCGUCAGCACAGCACACAGCAGCACCCCUCCCUGAGGCCCUGGGGAGGGAGGGGCGUCAGCAGGAUUGGCUUGUGGCGAAGCUCUUGAGCUGGGUACUGGACACACACACACACACACACACUCACCCCUGGAUAGAAGCUACCCAGAAACUGCUGCCUGGCUUUUUUUUCCUCUUCCAAGCUUGUCUUAUCUCCAAACCCUUCCAGCCAAGGAACUAGAGUCAACAGUGAAAGUGGAUGCCUUCCCACAGCUUCCUGCAGGAUGAGGAGGCUGUCGUCGAGUCCACAUACCCACUGGAUCUGAGAGGCUCUGGCCCAGAGGAGCCAAAACAGACUCCAGGAGAGGCUCCUGCAGGACCGCCAGCCUCAGGUGAGCAGACAAAGAUGAUUUCAUGUCCAAGACAGCAACAUAGCAACCAGCUCUCCAUCAUCGCCUUUGUGAACUCAGAUGAGACUGGCAAAGUCCUGCCAAGACAGGGAUCUGGCUUUCCAGGGAGAGCAGCGAGCAGCCGGCCUGUAGGUGAGCCUGGAAGCCGGUGCCCUUCACUGCUGCUCAGCACCCCAGCGCCCCCACCAGCCACCAAGCCGUGCAGCCCUGAGCCUUGCUCCUCACCGGGCUGUGUUAGCGUUUGGAUUUGCAUUCCAACCCUUGGGAAGAAGGGAGGGAGAAAUUGGCUCCUUCCUGUUUCCGUUACGCCACAGACGUGUCAGCUGGCUCUGAGGAGAGCCGCUCUGACUGGGCCCCUUGUGCCCGCCUUCUCCAGUCUGCCCUGCACGGUCCCCGCAUGUCCCUCUCCACUCUCCUCCCUUUUCUCCUCACCUCUUUCCUCCCAAGUAGACAGUGUCUGUCUGCCCCUUCUCCGGCCCAGACCAGCCUGACCAACGAUGAGCAUUUCUUGGGCUCAGCUCUUGAUUCAGGAAGAGUGUCUUCACUCCAGCCAGCAUCAUGGUCUUCGGUGCUUCCCAGGCCUGGGGUCUGUCGGGAGGGAAGAGAACUGGGCCUGACCUAAGCUGAACUAUAACUGACCCUCAGAGGUAGAUCUGGGACAUCCUCAAGGCCCUAGUAUUUCUCCUUGGACAGGGGACCAGAAGGGGCUUGAAAUACUGAUAAGAACAAGGAGAAGUCACCCAAAGGAUGUCAGUUUUUCCUCCCUCUGCAUGGGUUGGAUUUUCCAAAGUCACAAUUUGUAGAAGGUCAGCAUUUAUAGUGAAAUAUAUAACUCUAUAUAUGUAUAUAUACAUAUAUAUAUAUAAGGUGGUCGCGGCGGUGUGAGGUCUCCUCACAGCCCUGGCCGUUUUUCACUGAUAGAACCUAGGUAGAGGGUCCCAGAAGACAUCGGGGGAGGGCAGGGAAGAUGCCCUUUGGGGUUCACACAGUUGUCGAUCUCACUGGGAUUCUGGACUCACUUCUGUCUGAACACAAAGCCAGUUCUGGAGUCCUGGGGACACUGAGGGGUGGGGGUGGGGGACAUGCUGUAAUGAAUCCGGUUAGUCAAUGUUGUCUUAAUAUUGUUGACAGUUCUGUAAAGUCCCUUUUUAAGAAUAUUUCUGUUUAAGCUAUUUCACCUUUGUUUUGAAGUCCUUCCGUUCUGGAGAGAAAAUGUGACACUUGUGAGAAAGCUUGUAAGAAAGCCCCUCCCCCUUUUUUUCCUUUAAGCCUCCUUUAAAUGACAAAUCUAGGUAAUUAAGGUUGUGAAUUUUUAUUUUUGCUUUGUUUUUAAUGAACAUUUGUCUUUGAGAAUAGGAUUGUGUGAUAAUGUUUAAAUGGCAAAAACAAUACAUGAUUUUGUGCAAUUAACAAAGCUACUGCAAGAAAAAUAAAACAUUUCUUGGUAACACA